AUGGCCGCCCUUCGCAAAACGUUCCGAUAUCCCUCAGAAGAUCUCUCCGACGAGGAGGAUCUCGAUGAUGAACAUCAAGAACGCCUCAUAGAGACUCUGCGCACAACGUCCGCGGCCUCCGACGCCUUCUAUCGCAAGCUCUUUCUCAUCCUUCCCCUCGGCGCAGCUCUCUUCUCCAUGUACACCUUUCUCAUCGAGCGACGUCUCACAGCCCUGCUUAGUCUCUCCAGCCUAGCAUGUACCGCCUACACGCUACACUACCUGCCUUUGUCUCCACAAGACAAAAAGGGAAAGACGGCGAUGUAUAAAGUCAAUGCUGCAAAGAGCCCGAUAGAGCAAUAUCUGCCUAUUUUGAACGCAGGAAUGGUGGGACUCUUGGUCAUUGCGGGUACAGUGAGCUGGAUGAGAGGGCUGGGAGAGGCAGCCACGAGAGAGGUGUUGGCGGUGAUCGUAUGGGCUGUUGCUAUGUAUGUGAGGUGGGAAGCUCGAGGUAUGGAUCUGGAGGAGUUGGAAGGGAGAAAGUAUGGGCUCAAGGGUGCGUGA